GGGAAGCAGCAGCACGCUCCCUGCCCCACUUCCCUCCCCAUCUCGCUGCUCCCUGCCAGCGCCGAGGGCUGGCACCGCGCUCCUUGGCCGUGCUCCCAUGGCCAAGUGAGAGAGGGGCCUGCCCAGCUCCCCACUUCUUUUUUUUUAAGCUUGCUUUGACUGGCGUGUAAAGGAAAUGGAAACGCAGUUGCAGUGGGUUAGCACGGACUUGGUUUCUGCUUGUCGGCCUUCGCUGCUGUGGGUGCAGGAGAGAGCUGUGAAAGGCAGAGGGAGGCUGUGUGCAGCGGGGCCCUCCGACACCCUCCCCCAGGAACAGGCCUGGUCUGCCCCCGUCCAGAGAUGCUCUCGGCCCCUCUCCGUGGGAGCGCUGAGGUUCCCCCGGCACACACAUGGCACUCGGGGGCAUCGCAAUGCACCUUUACAGAUAUGACUGCACACGCUGUCCACGGUCUCACCUCUGUAGGCAGUAGCACGUGCCUGCCUGCACGGGGUGCCUUGCACUCGUAUACGCUCAUGCAAAAACCGAGCGCGCAUCUUCCUGCUCGUGAUCACGGCAGGAGCUGCACGAACCCAGCCCCGCACCUCUCCAUGCACUCACAGAUGUUUGUGCAUGUGCCCUCAAACAAAAUAAAUAGUAAUAGAUAGUAAUACUGCCUCAACCCCCUGAUCCUGUACAUGGGCGUACGCACCCAUGCAGUCCUGACUCCUGUGCCUGGACCUGUCAACUUUAAACCUGUAUUUAAGCUGCGGUUGGCAGCAUCUAGGAGAUGCACAUGUGCUCUCCUGAGUCCUCGUGCUGACACUGUGCACCUAGGACUAUCAUCCCGGGCGAGGUGUCUGUUUGCCUGUAGCAGAUGCAGGCAGUAGCAAAGAAGUGACCCAAAAGUGUUGAAGUCUCUCUCUUGGGAUGUGAUAUUGGUGGGAAAGAGCCUUGUCAAGCUGAUUUUUGCAAACUGACUUUGUUCCAUUAAGUGUCUGAGCUGUGGUGUUUUCACAUGCACGUGAGGGCUUUGGUGGAUAGCUUUGCUCAGAAAUGAAAAUCAUCUCAGACCUGCCAUCAGAAAAGGCUCUGUCCAUCCCUCAACUCCAGCCGAGUCCCUCUUUCUUCCAGAAUAGACUUAAAUCCUACAAGUGGUGCCGGCGCUGGCACCGCACGGCGUGACUGGGCAGACGGCCCCUCCUGGGGAUGGCAGGAGAGAUGGCACCUCCGGUGCACCCCAUCCUUUGACUAAAGCUACGGUGCUUCAUCUGCACCCAAAUUGCCCCAAAACAGAGACCAUGACAGCUCCCUGAUUCUGAUCCAUCUUCAGGGUUUCACAGUAACAUGAGAAAGGGUUGAGAGGUAGCAAGGAGAGGCUGGCAGAGCCUCUCGGCCUCCAGCGAGGUCCUGCCACACUCCACCGUGUCUCCCCGUGGUGGCCUGCCACGUGGUUUGACCUGUUGUCUGUCUUUCCUCCUUUCUGCCUGGGCGAGGAUCCCCCUCGGACAGGAGGUCUCUUCUGCAUGCCUGUCUGCCACACCAGCACCCAGCCACCAGAUAGGUGACUGUGUGCUGGGCGGAGGAGGUGCCGGCGCGUAACAAGCAGUCCCUGUCUUCCCAGGCUGAGCACGCUGGCAUCCGGACCUACUUCUUCAGCGCCGAGAACAUCGAGGAGCAGGAGUCCUGGAUCCAAGCCAUGGGCGAGGCUGCCCGGGUGCAGAUCCCACCGACCCAGAGACAUGAGAAGACGGACUCUGAAAACAUCCCUCCCAGCAAGCACCACCAGCACCACCGCAACACCACUCACCGGGAGCACCCCAAAGCCGACCCCGAUGCCAAGACCCGGGGGGAAGGCGACGGCCGUGGCUCGGAAAAGAUUGAAAGGAAACCGGAGAGGAUGGAGAGCAAGAAGGAGCCCUUGGCCAAAGCCAACGGCAUCACGGCGCAGGAGAUGCCCUCGGAGCCUGGCAGCCCGUACCCCGAGGCGCCCCGGGUGCCGAGCAGCGUGGAGCGGCCGACGCAGCCCAACGGCUGGCCCUACUCGUCACCCAGCCGCCCCGGCAGCACCGCCUACCCCCAGCUGGACGGGGAGAGCGUGGUGCACCGCCGGGGCUUCGUGCCACGCACCAACCCCGAGAAGAUCGCCCAGCGGAAGAGCUCGAUGACCGCCGGGCCCCCCCCCAGCCGCCCCCGCCUGUACUCCCCGGUCCGCUCGCCCAGUGCCCGCUUCGAGAGGGUGCCGCCCCGGGGAGAGGAGAUUUACGCCGGCCCGGCUACCUUCAUGAUGAGGCGAUCAGUCAGUUCUCCUAAGGUAAAAGCCCUUUUGCCGCUCGGUACCUGUGAGGAUGAACUUUUAGACCUUCAGUUGCAAAGAAACCUAGAGUAUUUGGACCAGCAGAUGAGCGAGAGUGAAACUCUGAUCAGUAUGGUGAACAGGAUGGUGGAGAACUCUUCCCCUAGGGCUCAGCUCUACAUGCAAGUGACGCCUUUCCCGGAAGCCUACAGGGAGACGCUGCACGCCUACAAGAUAAGCGAGCAAGACACGGAUAAGCUCCUGGGGAAACUCUGCGAGCAGAACAAAGUGCUGCGGGAGCAGGAGCGGCUGGGGGAGCAGCUCCGAGCGGAGAAGGAGAGCCUGGAGAGUGCCCUCAUGGGGACGCACCAGGAGCUGGAGAUGUUUGGGAGCCAGCCGGCCUACCCGGAGAAGCUGCUGCACAAGAAGGAAUCGCUCCAGAACCAGCUCAUCAGCAUCCGUGUGGAGCUGUCCCAGGCCAGCACGGCCUUGGCCAACAGCACUGCCGAGUACGAGAGUCUGGAGAGUGAGGUGUCCGCCCUGCACGACGACCUCUGGGAGCAGCUAAACCUGGACAUCCAGUGGCCGGGCUCUCCCCAGGAGAGGCCGAAGAGCGCCGUGUUCGCCACCGAGACAAAGGUGAAAAUGAGCGUGGAGGAGCAGAUCGACCGCAUGAAGCGGCACCAGAGCGGCUCCAUGAAGGAGAAACGGCGGAGCCUGCAGCUCCUGGGCAGCCAGCAGCCCGAGACCCCCGGCACCAGGGCACCGGCCUCCUACAAGGUGGUGCGCCGGCACCGCAGCAUCCACGAGGUGGACAUCUCCGACCUGGAGGCCGCGCUGCGCUCCGAGGACUCAGGCAAGGUCUACGAGACGCCUCGGGAGGAGAUCGCCCGGCUGCGCAAGAUGGAGCUGGAGCCACAGCAUUAUGACGUCGACAUCCAUAAGGAGCUCUCAACACCGGACAAAGUCCUCAUUCCCGAGCGGUACAUCGAACUGGAGCCCGACACCCCCCUCAGUCCCGAAGAGAUGAAGGAAAAGCAGAAGAAGGUGGAACGGAUAAAAACCCUCAUUGCCAAAUCCAGCCUGCAGAAUGUGGUCCCGCUGAGCGAGGGUGAGGUGGACACCCCCCAGGACCCGGAGACCCAGCUCCAGGAGCAGGAGAAGAGGAUAGAGAUCUCCUGCGCCCUGGCUGCGGAGGCCUCCCGCCGGGGCCGCAUGCUCUCGGCUCAAUGCGCUACCCCAAGCCCUCCCACCUCCCCAGCUUCCCCGACUCCACCGACCAACCCCCUCUCGUCUGAAACAUCCCGGGUCGCCGACAGCAGCCAUUUUAUGCGUGUCUGAGCCAUGAACGCAAGCCCUGGCUGCUGCCAACGCUGGCAAGUUCCACGGGGCCACGUUUUAGCACCUCGACGCAACACCGAAACUCUCCUCGGCCAUCGUUUUCGGUUCUCCCGGACCCCCUCCCUCUCACAAAUGGCGAGACCACCCUGGACGGAGGAGUGGGGAGAUGCACCAUGGACAGCCAGCAGAGGCCUGCUCUCACACCAGCUCCCUUGCCCUUCCUGGCCCCGGGCUCUGCUCUGGCCUGGAGGAGAUGUGCAGGAGCCUGGAGGAGAUGUGCAGGUGCCAAGAGUUUGGUCGUGGGAGCAUAGUGCCGAGGGGACCAGGAGACUGCCCUGGACUGCCAGUCAGCACAAGGAUGGGCUGUUGCAUGCGGGAUCUGUUGUGCCCAGGGAAUGGGGUAAAGUAUGGACGUUUGGGCAGGGGGAUUUGCAACCACAUCGGCAGUGCCCAGUACAGCUAGAAGGUCUCCCUACCAGGGCAGCAUUGCACCAGAGGUGUGUAGGACUCCCAUGGCUCUCUGUGCUGAUGUAUUGGUCUCCCAAGGGUCUGCAAAGAUGCUCUUCUAGGUGGAGACCAGCCAGUCCCCACCAUGGAUGAUGCUUUCACCUUCUGGUGGACCUGGAUGCUCCAUCUCUGCUCCUCGAGCAACUCUUCCCCUCCCUGUGUCCUUGCCUGAAACUGCUUUUAGCAUCCCAGGAGUUCAUCGCCAGCAGAGCGUGGUCUGCCCGUUUCUCCUCAUGCUCGUGGCCCAGCAGAAGGAAGGAAGGAGCUGAGGAUGGGGCAGAUGGAAAGAGAACUGAGGGUACUGCAGAGGUGCCUGGGCAGGAGCCAGGGAAGUGGGGCGGUCUGUGCCGGGGUGGCACAAGGGUGUCCAGUGCGCCGGUGCGCAGCAGGCACGGAGCAGCAGGUCUGUGCGGGGAUGUGGGCAUGUUGCAAAGGAGUAGUGGAGCGGUGCAGCAGGCUGGUGCUGGGGUGUGAGGUGGGGUGGCAAAGCCACAAUGCUUUCUGGGGUCAGCAGGGAUCCUUCUGCGCGUAGGGAUGAUGGAGGGAUAGGGAACAGGCUGGGGGCAAUGAAUACCUCUAGGUGAUGGCAGCGGGGGACCGUCCUUGGCCUGCUCCUGAGGGCAGUACCCCUUUCAUGGGGAUGGGAGAGGGUGAAAGACAAAUGCUACUAAAACACGGACUCAUGUGCGCUCGCGCGGGCUGCAGCAGAGGCACCGACUGCUGCAUCGGGCAAAACGCUGGCGAGCUUGCUGCAGGGGCUGGCACCGUCUCGGCGCUCCUGG